AUGAUCAGCUACAUAUCCCCACCGGAUUGGUAUAGAGAAGCAUAUUACGUAUUCAACUACGUGAUAUGCAUACUUCAAUUUUUCGGUUUUGGCAUAAAUCUCAUACAUUUUUCGAUUCUCACAAGAAAACAUAUGAGGUCCAAUUCAAUUUAUUGUUUGAUGUGUGGAAUUUGCGCCUGUGAUCUUCUAACCCAGAUCAACACUUUUCUCAUUUUUUCUCCAUUUUGGAUAAGAGAAACCAAAGUUGGUGAAGAAUGCUACAUGACUCAUACGUUCAUAGAUGCAAUCUUAUAUUUACAUGGAACUACUGUACUCGACAUAACACAACGUGGCGCUUCGUGGAUGGCAGUGUUUUUGGCUUUUUAUAGAACAUUAGCUAUCAUGUUUCCCAUGAAUGGGAGAAUUCAGAAGCUGUCUCGGCCAGUUAGUGCAGUUGUGACAAUUAUGGUUGUGCUGGUGUUCACGUCUCUUACUACUUGGAUGGUUCAAGCGAGGAGAAUAAUACGGCCUUAUGAUUGGGAUUAUGAUUGUGAUGGAAAUGAAAUCCCUCUUCCCGAGACUCGAUACGGAGUUCUUGUGCCAAAUGAGUUUGCCGCAAUUCAAAGCAAGCUUGUCUCUGUUUAUGGCUUCAUCAAGGCGCUCCCUUCGCUGAUCGAUCCAAUUUUGACGAUUUUAUUGAUUAUUGAACUGAGAAAAGCAGCAAAACGGCGCAAAAACCGCGGGAAAUCGGCUUGUGAUAAAAAGGACAGUACGACAAAAUUGGUCAUAUUCGUGACGAUUUCUUUCUUUUUUCUGGAAGUCCCAAAUGGAUUUUCACAUGUUGUAAAUGGAUUUUCGUAUGGCAAUGUUCCAUUGAGAACACUGUCUGUAAUGAUACCAGUUUUUGCUGAAAUACUACCAGUUAUGAAUUCGUCAUCACAUUUCUUCAUAUGCCUUCUUAUGUCUACUCAGUAUCGAGAAACAGUUAUUUCUAUAUUUGAAAGACAUGGUGCUGAACGUAAAAAAAUCAUAAUUGUUCAGGAAUGCAAAUCUACGAGAUCACAUUGA